ACCACGAUUGGUUGAUACUUUUCUUCCACCAUAAAGAUCAAAUCGUUUGUGCAUUAUCUAUACGUUCCGACGUUUUUUAAUUUAAAAGAAGGCAUUCUAGAUAUUAUUUCCUUUCAACAUCGUACGUAACAUUUGCAACGCGUGCGAUAAUAUUCUGUAGAUACUCUAACAUUUUGGUUAUUUCGUUCACGCGAGGAAAGGGUAAAGAAUACUCUCUUUCGAGUUUAUCUGUUUAUAUUCAAUACAACCGAUAGGACUAGUAUUAGUUGUUGAAAUUGGAUGGUUUAACAGCUUUUCUCUGUAAAAGCACAUCCAAAAAUAAUGAACGCGUGUUACACGACUUGUUUCUAAUAAUCAGCUGACUUCCGGAACUAAUACCACAGAAAAUGUUAGCGAGACCUUUUAUUCUUUUCGCUUGAUAUAUAAGAGCAAUAACAGCAUUCCCAUAAGCCAACAAGAUUUUUAUUCGAGGCCAAUUUCGUUCACCGAAGACUGAUACUUACGUUUAACCGUUUGUAAUCUGAACUUGUUUCGAGAUUAACUUCUAAUCAUCAUAUAAUUGUGGAACUAUCGGAGAAUAGUUUAUAGAUAAUUAUUUUUGGAACCUUGAAAAUAACAUGAAUUCUGAGGAAGGUACAAGUAGCAAUCAGAACAGUAGUAUAACAAGAGUAGAAGGAAGCCUAAAGAAAAAUGGUAAUUCAUCGAAUGAACAAUCAACCAAAUUGUCUAAGAGUAUACAACAUGAAACUAAACUGAACGGAGAUCAACUAAAAUUGAACAAUAAAUUGGGAGACAAUAGUGCCAAGAAUCAUUUAUCCUCAAAGGCUCCUGUUACAUUUGCUAAUGGCACAAGAUCUACACAAGCAACUGCAUGCAAUUUCAUCAAUUCUAUGGACCAAGACACUGAUGAAGAUGUGAUGAGUGCAAGUGUAUCUUCCAUGUUUUUAAACACCAAUAACAUCAAGCCUCAAGGCGUGAAUGCUGGGGUUACAAGUCAAUUGAAGCAUAAGACUGUAAUGAAUAGUAGUGGUUUGAACUUGCCUAAGUCUCAAAUGCAGUUAAACUUAUCCUCCAGUCAAGGAAGCGCCCAUGUGAAUCACAUUAAUGUAUCGGGUCCUUACAAUUCUGGCAUUACAACAAAUUCAGGUUUACAUAUACAUAAUGCAACAACAUCAAUAAUGCAGUCAAAUUUAUCCGUAACUAAGCCAAGUGACGAUAUUGACAUGAAAAAUAACGUGGAUUAUGCUUCUGGAAUUGAAAAAUGUCCAUCGAAAGUAUCGUGCAGUUCAGACUCCAGUCCAGAAAUUGACAGUGCCUGGACAUCAAGGUCCUAUGGAUCUAAUAGCAUGUUGAAUAAUAUAGGUGGUAGUAUAGGUUCAACAAGUCAAGGAACAUGUUGUUUUUUAAGACCUAACAUUAACGGGAGCAGAGAGGUAGCAGGACCAAGUGGAUUACAAAGAAAUACACAAAGAGAACGAAUAGAAAGGAGAGAUUCAAGUUCUGGAAAUGAAGGUGACAUGUCAGAUGGAGAAGAUUAUUGUAUUUAUACUUACAAGGGAAAUGAUGAAACUGUAUAUUUGGCUCAAAGGGAAGAAAUGAAUCAAGGACAAGUGGAAGAACGUGAAGAGCAGGAGCAAUGCCAUAGUGGUAGAUCAAGUCCAGAGAUGGAUUUCUUAGAGAUGGACUUUGAUCCAGGACCGUCCUGUGAACAGGACACAGGAGAUAGCGACUUGGCCUCUAUAAAUGAAGAUAUACAGAAUAUAGCGUUAGAUAACGUAGAUUCGGAUCCAGUAUUAAACGAUUUAAGUAGCGGUAAAGUUGUGGCUAAACAAGGAAUUGCGACUACAUCCCAGAACCCAAAGCAAAGUGUACAAAAUGUGAAUAAUACAGAGCCCCAGCCAUGUUCUAGCAAUAGUCUACCCACACCAGAACCAAGUAUAAAAUCUAGUUACCCUUCGCCAUGGAUGCCAACCAGUAGUAACGCAAUUGGAAAAUGGGAAAGUAGUAAAACGUAUCGGAGUACGAAAUGUCCUUUACGAGAAUCAUAUGGAUAUCACAAUACGAGUGGAGAUCUCAUUUCACCCGGCGAUAAUAGAGAUUCGGAUGCAGAAUUAUGGGCUGAAUCAUCGUCAGUACCCGUUUCAGAAAGCUCGAGUUCAAACUCGAGAAGAGUGAAUCUUAGUUCAACUCUUUAUCAUCGAAUGAUGGCCAAGAAGUUAAUGCUCAAUAAGCAAGCUGCGUUCAAUCAGAGUGGCGAUUCGAAUCUAGAAAAUGAAUUAUCUAAUGAACGAUUGGAUGGCCUUUUACCAGUUGAAAAAGUGAUGUUAUGGAGCGAACAGGAAUCUACAGUGAAACAAGUUACUCAAAUAGGAACCUCUGCCUGUGGUGCUACUGCUGCUAUAAAUGCUUUGUUGGCUUUAAAUGUAUCAUUUUCAUUGGAAACAUUAAUAAAAGGUGUGAAUACUAGACAAAGAGAACCGGGUACACCGUUACCACGAUAUUUAUAUAGCCGCUCAGUGGCUGGAUCGACACACAACGAUAUAGCUCGUGGUAUAGCUUUAGGUACGAACGGAUUAGCUAUAACAAAGUUCUUCGCAUUUUACCCAGAGAGAAAAGUUUCUUUGUCACAUUGGCUACAUUAUUGGAUAUCGAAAGGUGCUGCACCCAUAGCGACGUUAAAUUUGCAACAUUGCGGAGAGGGAUGCGAUAUUCCAGAUGCGUGGCAUCACCAAAUGAUAUUUGGUGUGGCACAAGCUGGAAUUUAUUUAACGAAUCCAUUAGAAUGCCUACCAGAGCAGCAUGUGUGGCAUCAACUUGUAAGUCCUAGCGUUUUAUUAGUGCGAAGAGCUGAUGUGUUAGCUCAUUGGAAUCCCAAUACAGAUUUAACACCGCUCGCUGCUAUGGAUCAAAUGUGGCGAAAGCUCAAUGUUCUAGGUCAAGUUGUAAAUAUGGUACGCGAAGCAAUGACCAAAAGACGCCAACUUAAUAAUUUAACUACUGGUGCAACUCAUAUUCGUAUUCCCGCAUCUUAUCAAGCAGGCAUUACAUUAGUUAUGUGUGCAAAUUCUGCAGCUGCUUCCGAAUUGUUACAUGCUGAACAAUUACCAAUACUCUAG